AUCUGUAUUGAAGUUCGAUUAAUUCAAAUUCGUUCAACAUAAGACCCCUUUCAAGGGGAAACACUUUCUAUCAAGGAUUUUUUAAAUACUAAGGAUUCAAACUUAAGACUUCUGAUUAAAUAAGAAGCAACCUUAUCCACUGCACUAUAUCUUUCGAUGGUAAUUCCAUCCUCUCCUCACUUGUAUUUCUUUCUCUUAAACCUUAUAUAUACUAGAGAAACUUUUGCUUGUUCAUAGUGGAAAAUAUAAUGGGUCUGUUCAUGAGUUGCAUGGGAGAAGGUUAUUAUUCCGAGAUGUCAAGAGUGUAUGUUGGAAAUCUUGAUCCUAGGGUCACUGAAAGAGAACUAGAAGAUGAAUUCCGUGUCUUUGGAGUUAUAAGAAGUGUUUGGGUUGCAAGACGCCCACCUGGUUAUGCUUUUAUUGACUUUGAUGACCGUAGAGAUGCACAAGACGCAAUCAGGGAUCUGGAUGGUAAAAAUGGAUGGAGAGUGGAGCUCUCACAUAAUUCUAGAGGAGAAAGGGGUGGGGGCCGUGGAGGAGGUCGUGGUCGUUCUGGAGGCUCUGAUUUGAAGUGCUAUGAGUGUGGUGAGUCUGGUCAUUUUGCUCGUGAAUGCAGAGUGCGAGGAGGUCCAGGUCCUGGUAAACGUAGAAGUCGUAGCCCUCCUAGAUAUCGGAGGAGCCCAAGUUAUGGUCGCAGGAGUUAUAGUCCUCGUGGACGUUCCCCCAGACGCCGAAGCGUGUCACCUCGUGGCCGUAGUUAUAGCCGAUCUCCAUACCGUGGAAGAGAUGAAGUUCCUUAUUCCAAUGGAAAUGGUGUCAGGGACCGAAUCAGAAGCAGGAGCUGAACGGAGAAGUUGAUUACUUGUCUCAUUCAGGAGUUUUUCGAUGUGUGUGUUACUAUGCUUGACUUGAUCACAGCUGUGUAAGUGAGGCCAUGCCCUCAACUUCAACGGCUUUAAUUUUCAUAUGAUAUUAUAAGUGUGUUUUUUUAAUUUCUCAACUUUUUCCCUUUUUAAGAACCAUUAUGUUAGGGACAUAGACCUUUUGUACUUUAUGGCGUCUAUUAUCUUUAGAAAAGAAAUAUCCUAAAGAAUGCUGCUAAAAAUUUACUUUUGUUUUCUUG